GGCUGUGUGGCGGGGCGGGCCCGAGCGGCGCCCAGGACUUGGGGAAGCGCGGGGGUCUGUUUGCGAGCUCUGGUCCUGGGUCCUGCCGCGGGAGCCUGUCCCCACCCCGCCCCGCCGGCCUCCACACUUCACCUCCGGUCCGCUGCGGGAGCGGCGGGCCCGCGGCAAACCCGCCCUGUAUCCGCCCCCAGAUGCUCCUGCCCCUUGGGAGAGACGGGGUGACGGUUCCACCCGAACGUCCGCACAGGCUGCUGACCUGCGCUGGUCGCUGACUGCCCCGAGGCUGAGCGCACUCUGGGUCCGCAAGCAAGGGGCGGGCAGGGACGCGCUCACUGCAUACCCUUGGCCGGCGAGCUCUGGGGGGUGGUGUGCUGUAGCGGUGUCUUUAGAGGAGGGACCAGAACGGAUUUAUGUUGGGAAAGAUCAGAGUCCCUGCUGUGAGCAGAACGACUGGGAGUGGCUAUCUGGGAGCAGUUACGGAGAAUUCUCACAGUGUAGACGUGGAACAGGACAAGGAGCAAGAAAGGCCCCCAGGGCAGCCACUGUUCAAUAUGGCGGGAGGUGGGGUUCGUGCGGGCUGCCCCAUGACCAUGCCGUCUCAGGUGCCCAGGGCAGGAUGUACACACUACUGUCAGGCUUGUACAAGUACAUGUUCCAGAAAGACGAGUACUGCAUCCUGAUCUUGGGCCUGGACAAUGCGGGGAAGACGACCUUCCUGGAACAGUCGAAAACCCGGUUUAACAAGAACUACAAAGGGAUGAGCCUAUCCAAAAUCACCACCACCGUGGGUCUAAAUAUUGGCACAGUGGAUGUGGGAAAGGCUCGCCUCAUGUUCUGGGACUUAGGGGGACAGGAAGAGCUGCAGUCUUUGUGGGAUAAGUACUAUGCAGAGUGCCACGGUGUCAUCUACGUCAUUGACUCCACUGAUGAGGAGAGGUUAGCGGAAUCCAAGCAAGCAUUUGAGAAGGUGGUGACAAGUGAGGCCCUGUGCGGCGUCCCUGUUCUCGUGCUGGCCAACAAGCAGGAUGUGGAGCCUUACCUCCUCAGACUUGCCUGUCUAUCCCUGACAUCAAGACUGCCUUCAGUGACUGCACUGGCAAGAUCGGUCGGCGUGACUGCCUGACCCAGGCCUGUUCUGCUCUCACGGGCAAGGGGGUACGCGAGGGCAUCGAGUGGAUGGUGAAGUGUGUCAUCCGGAAUGUCCACCGGCCACCGCGGCAGAGGGACAUCACGUAGGCGCACUGGCCUGCUCUUGGGCAGCUCAUCUGCAUGUGCUGGAGGAGGGGGCUUCCUGCUGGCCCCUGUGCCACCAGCCCUGGGGUCGGGCUUGUUUUGCUUUGUGAUUCUUUGUGCUUUGUGUUCCUGAAAGACAUAUUUCCUCUUGA